AUGCUGGGAGGGGGCGCGUCCGAGUCGUCGCAGCUGCUGCCUGUGGCUGCAGCACGGACGUCUGUGCAGGCGGCGAGCAGCGGGCUGGGCCUCGGCCAUGACGACGGUAGCCAUGGUGGCGGCGUCGAACACAACCAGUUGGGCACCAUCAAUGGUGCUUAUGUCCCUGUCCUGCUCAACGUCAUGGGCGUCAUCCUGUUCCUCCGCCUCUCGUGGGGUGUCGGUCAGCUCGGCGUUCUCGGCAUGUUGGCGUUCUUCGUCAUCGCCGAGACGCAGGCGAUCCUGACGGUGCUGUCGCUGUCAGCGAUUGUGUCGAACGGCAACAUGCGUGGUGGUGGUCCGUACUACAUGAUUUCGCGAAACCUGGGGCCGGAACUGGGCGGAGCUGUGGGGACUUUGUUCUACUCGGCGUACGCGGUGGGCGCCACGUUCUACGUCAUCGGCCUGGCAACUGCGGUGAAGGACACAUUCUUCAAGGACUCGACGCAGCCGCACCUGCUGCUGAUGCUCGGCACGAUCGGGCUGUUUGUCAUCCUGCUGGUGGCGCUAGGCGGAGCCGAGUUCUUCACCAAGAUCAACGUGCUGCUGUUCAUGGUGCAGUUUGGCUCGAUUGCGGUGGGCAUGGUUGCUAUGAUGAUGCCGGGCAAGAAAACGCUCGAGCACGGUGGCGAGUAUCUGGGCCCGUCGACGACGACGCUGCGGGCAAACCUCAAGCCGGACUACACGUACGACUCGGGGUGCGGCGGCAUGUGCAACUUUGCGACGGUCAUGUCGCUCAUCUGGGCAUCAGCCUCGGGCCUCUCUGAGGGCGCCAACCUCUCAGGCGACCUCAAGGAUCCGGCCAAGUCAAUUCCGCUAGGCACACUUGGGGCGGUGGCCACGUCGAUCAUCAUCUACCUGACGAUGGUGAUCCAGUUUGGGGCGGCGUUUCCGCGAAAGACGCUGCAGGAGAACACCAACGCGUUCCAGGACGCGUGCUUCUCGCAGUAUAUUGUGGUAGUGGGCGUGAUCAUCUCGACGGCGUCCUCUGCACUCGGCGCGCUGUUUGGCGGCUCGCGGCUGCUCCAGGCCAUUGCCGUCGACGAGCUCUUCCCCAUCAAGUUCUUUUCCAAGGGCUCGCGCAAGGGCAACGAGCCACGGCGUGCAGUGCUGUUCACCUGGUUUGUGGCGCAGUGCGGGCUUUUCAUCGGCGACCUCGACGCGGUGGCGCCCAUCAUCACAGCCUUUUUCUGCCUCUCAUACGCCUUUAUCAACAUCUCGUGCUUCCUCAUGGCGGUCUCGGGCACAAUCAACUUUCGGCCUCGGUUCAAGUACUACUCGUGGCACCUGUCGCUCUUUGGCGGUGUGCUCAACGUCAUUGUCAUGUUCUACCUCAACUACUGGUACGCGACGGCGUCGAUCGGCGCCAUGAUCCUCAUCCUGGUGUACCUCAUGUAUAAGGCGCCGCAGACUGAGUGGGGCGAUGUCCGCCAGGCCAUCAUCUUCCACCAGGUCCGCAAGUACUUGCUUCAGCUCGACACCCGGACUACGCACGGAAAGCUGUGGCGGCCGUCGCUCCUGCUCUACGUCGACAAUCUCGACGGGCCGCUCGUCUCGUUCUGCAACUCGCUCAAGAAGGGUGGCGUGUACAUCCUCGGCACGGUGGUGCUCGGCGAGUACGCCCGGCACGCGGCCGAGGUGAAGGAGAUCAAGGGUGCUUGGCUGAGGUUUAUCGACCAGACCGGCAUCAAGGCCUUCCCGCAGAUCUGCAACGCGCCGAGUGCGCGGCUGGGCUACCAGUCCCUGCUGCAAAUGUCCGGGCUCGGAGCCAUGACUCCCAACACCGUUGUGCUCCCCAUGUACGACGAGAGCGCGCGCGAGGAGGGUUUUGCCGCAGGCACCAUCGGCGGCGCAGGUAGCGCCGGCCGCUCGCUGACCGCCUUCUACUGCCGCUCGAUGGUGGCGCUGGCGCACGAGCGGUGGGAGUCGUCGUUCCUCAACACCGCCGUGGAGAGCGAGGCCGAGUACGUCGGCAUGCUCCACGACAUCCUGUGUGAGGACAAGAACAUGGUGGUGGCUCAGAACUUCGACCUCCUCGACGAGGCUGCGGUGGCAAGCAAGACCAUGACCAUCGACGUGUGGAUGACCCAGCCACAUGCGUCCGAAGUGUGGGCCUCGUUUGCACAAGAGUCGCUCUUCAUGCUCCAGAUGGCGCACAUCCUCGUGGCCAAGAAGCACACCGCCAUCCGGGUUAUGCGCGUGGUCGAGCCCGGGACCGACGUCGCCGCAGAGCGGGCGCGGGUCGCCGAGCUGGUUGCCGAGUCUCGCAUCGACAUCCACUCGAUCAACAUUGUUGUCUUUGAUCCCACCGACGUCGUCCAAACCUCGGACGCCGCCGCCGCCGCGCGGAAGCGGAUGGUCGCCGAGGACGCACUCGUCUCGUUUGACGUCCUCGCCCUCCUCAACGCCGCGAUGCGGGCCCACUCCAAGGGCGCCAACGACGGUGGGAGCACCUACCUCUGCUUUGCUCCGCUCCCCUCGCUCCCCUCGCUCUCGCCUGACAGCGAGGCAUCCGAGGCCGACAUCGCCACAGCCUACCUCGAGUCGAUGCGGGUCUUGACUGAGGGCCUUCCGGCCACCGCGCUUGUGGCCACCGGCGGCUCGGAAUCUAUCAUGUCGCGCGACAUCUAGCGUCAUGCAGUCUCAGCCGUGUGUCGUACCUUGUGUAAAGCAGGCUAGCGCCAUGA